CUAUGAUAUUUUACUCGAAACUGGUAAAGCAUAUAUGCUUUGCCUUUUCAUUCCCCAAACCCUUGUCGAGCGUGAGAAGGACGGUGACUGAGACGAAGAUUGCAGAAGAGUUUCAGUUUUCUUUCGUUCAAAGCUUCUGUUGAGGGUAUGAGUUUUCAGAUGGAGGAUAAUUCAAUUCAUGGAUGGUCAGUAUCUCAGUGCACAUCUAAGGAUUUUAAAGCUGGUGUCACUUGCUCUGUACAGAGGCCGAAUCAAUUAUGGCAUGUUACAGUCAAAGAGUUUCAGUGUGGAGACAAUGUAUACUGUGGCGUUGUUCUAGAUGUUAUACAACCUGCAACUGAGCUACAAUCCUUUAGAACCAUGGUUUCUCUUAUAAAUAAAAUUGAUGUCAAUAAAACGAUUAGGAUUGAUCAAUUUGUUAAGUACGCUCAUGGAAGUGUUAGAUUCUCAGUUCCAAGACUCCUUCUUCUGAAGGAUCUUCUUGAUCCUUCAUCUGGUUUUCUCAUGGAUGAUACUAUAUACUUUGAAGCUUCUGUACCCUUUGUUGCCAGUCCAUAUCAUUUUUAGAGUUUGGGCAGGUGUCUCUUAUAUUUUUACCUCAUCUUCAACAUGUCUUCAACCUUCAACCGCAAAUUCUUGAUAGCCUUCGGUCUAAGAAUGCUUCAAAAAAUUUCUGCAUUUCUGCUUUGAAUGCCCUUGGCAGUGUGCUGAUGUUUUUGGAUACUGUUAAGCUAAAGGAAUUAGAUGAAAAGGGACGUACUGAGCUAAGGUAUUUAUGGAAUGUGGCUGAGCUCUUUGGGUUAGAUUUGAUGUGGCUGAAACCUCACUACGAGGCUGCUUUGACGGCGCAGGAUUAUUCGAGUAGUGAUGAUAAGGCGAAGAGGUUCAAGCUUGAUGACAAUUUCAGAGAUUUGUUUACCGCGAUCAAGAAGGAUGAUGAUGUUAUAGGAUAUCCAUAGUUGGUUGUUUAUUUGAUAUUGAUGUGAAGGAUUUAGUAGUCUAUGUUAGGAUUUCUGGUUUUUGAAAUUUUACUCAUGCACUUUCGAGUUGUAGAGUUUUGUUUGAUAUUGAUUUGGUAUUGACAAGCUCUACCAAUUUGGGGUACCAAGGAUCCUUUCUAAUUGGAAUGGCCUCAAGUUUUUUUUCCGUA